AUGGUCCUGGCCGACAACUUCGCCCACCAGUCUUUUCGCAAGCAGACCAUGCCGGACUCGCCGCCGUCGCCGAGGCAACGGCCGACUCCUCUCUCCCUCUCCCAACGGCCGACGCUCGGCCGCACGGACUCUCCGCCGUCGGCGCCCGAGCCCGACUCACCUUCGUCUGUGUACCGCGAUGUCUCCCGGGGACCAAGCCCCGAGUCGAGGUCCGGAAGGUGAUAAAAACACACACAGGUCCCCGCGGACGCCCGGCCCGUCGCCGAAAUCCGUCCUGCGCAUCGACGCGAGCGGCCUCUACAUCUUCCCGCCCAAAGAAAAGCCGGCCUCGCCGCGGCGCCACCAGCGGCGCCUCUCGCGCGCGGGCUCGCUCGGCUCGCAAAAUUCCCUGGUCUCGAUUGACGAGGAGAGCGCCCUCACACCAGCCGCCGUCAAAAAGGCGCUCCAGGGCCAGCAGCAGGGCUCGGCGGGCGUCUGGAACAAGCGGCGGUGCGCCGCGCUCGUAGCGGUCUGGACGUACGCGAUCAUCUACUUCGCGGCCCUCUACUCCUACCGCCCGAGCCGUGUGAAAAUCAACCAGUGAGUUAGUCACGGGGACGACGUCGCGUCGAUGGCGUGGGGCGCCUGAGAUUUGAUUUCCGCACAGGCCUGGAGGCGAUGCGGCUCCGGCGCGUCAUCCGGGGGGCCUGA